CUUACUUCUAACAGAUAACGUAAAUAUUAUAAAUAUAAAUAUGAAUAUAAUAUUUAUAUAUAUGUAUAAGUGUACAUCUACUGCAUCACUUAUAUCUCUACUUACUAUAAUAUCUUACUCCUUAACUGUUUACAUAAAUUCUCUUCCAUUAGUUCCAAUUGGAAUCGAUACCUUCCAGAAUGGUUAGUCGUGUACUUUGGCCCAGUCCCAUCAAAAUUUUCCUGUAAACAAAAUAAAUCAAACCGGUGAAGAAUUCCAAUAAACAUCGGUGAAUAAUUGCAAGCAUAUUUUUUGUUAGGGGAACAUAGCAUGACAGUAGCCAUGUUCAAUGGGACAUCUUCAGUAACUGGUUCUGGUUCCGGCUCUGGUUCUGGUUCUAGUACUGGAACUGGGACUGGAACAGGAACUAGUUCUGGAACUAAUAAUAAUUCAAAACCAUUAAAUUCAAGAUUCAUAACUCCAACAUUACCAGUAAAAAAUAGUAGUUUGGAUACUUUACAAUUCCAUGAAGAUCGUAAUCCAUCAUCAGUGAAUUCUGCCCGAGGAAAUUUAUCUAAGAGAUUUAUUCAUCCAACAGGAUUUGAAUCAACUGAAGUUAAUUAUAAAAUUAAUGUACCUAAUUUUUCAAAUUUAGCUCCAUUACAAUUAGGAUCAAAAUAUAUUAAUGAUUUUAAUAAAAUUGAUUCUAUGACUCCAGUUGAUUUAUAUUAUGGAGAAACUGUUAGUAAAACAGAUUCUGGAUUAGAUAAUUAUUAUUUUGAUUAUGAUAAUGGAUUAGGAGAAUUUUCAAGAUUUGAAAAAAUUCAACAAAUUAAUUUACCAGAUAAAUAUUUUGAUGAAUAUAAUUCAACUGAAUCUGUUACAAAAUUAGGUUUAAUAUCAGAAAUAGAACGUGCAUGGAUUGCCAUUGAUAAUAAAUUAUUACUUUGGAAUUAUAAAUUACCUCAAUCAUCAUUUAAUCAAUCAUCCCAAUUUUUAACUAUAGAUCAAAUAAGACAUAGUAUUUUAACUGUUAAAUUAGUUAAACCAAAACCAGGAGUAUUUGUUAAAGAAGUUAAUUAUUUAUUAUUAGUAUCUACUACUAUGGAUAUUCAUAUCUUUAUAAUUAAAUAUAAUUCUACAUUUAAUAAUUUAGAAAUUUUUAAUCCUGAUUUAUCAAUUUCAACUCAAGGUUUAAUAGUUAAUAAUUUUACAGUUAAUCCAAAAACAAAUGAUAUAUAUUUUAGUGGUGAAGCCGAUGGAUUAAAUAUUUGGAGAUUAGAUUAUUCAAAUAAAUCAAGUUUUAUGAAGAAUAAAUGUGAUAAAGUUUGUUUAACUAAAUCUGGACUUUCUAUGGUAAUACCCAGUAAAAUCCCUGGUCUUGAUUUAUUUAAUUAUUCAGAAGAUCAUUCAUUACCAUCUAAUAAUAACUCCAAUAAUUCUAAUAAUUCUAAUAAUUCUAACUCUACUCAAUCAUCAUCAUCAUCAUCAUCAUCAUCAUCAAUUGGUUCAGAUACAAAAUUAGCUAAUAUUCCUGAAACUAUUGUACAACUUGAAAUUGAUUCAGAAAGAGAUAUCUUAUAUUCAUUAUCUAAUAAAUCAGUUAUUAGACUUUAUAAACUUCAUGAUACAAAAUCCGAUCAAUUAACUGAACAUAAUCGACUUAGUCCAAGUCAAAUAUUUAAAUCUGCUUCAGCAAUGUUUACAAAUAUGAAUAAUAUUAAAGUAUUUGAAAGAUUUAAAAUUAUUAAUAUUCAAACUAUUUCAUCAAAGGAAUCAUCAUCAGUUCAAUUAAUUGCAAUUACAAGUAAUGGAUGUAGAAUUUUAUUAAAAUUAGGUGGUCCAACCACUUUAGGAUCUUACCUUUCAUCAUCAUUUCUGUCAAUUAGAUCCAAUACAAAUUUAAGAAUUAGUCUUGCAACCAUAAAAUUCCCUCCAUCACGUGAGGCUCCUAUAGUUAAUGCCGAAUUAGAUGCAUUUACAAAAAGUAAACAAUAUUUAGUUCAAUUAAUUGAAAAUCAACAAAAAUCUCAAUUAUUAAAGAAUACAAAAUCUUCUCAUAUUAUUAGUCCUGGGAUAUUUCUUUGUGUUAAAAGAACUAAAAAAUCGGAUAAAUUAUUUAUUGCUACUGCUAAUUAUGGAUUUUUAAAGAAAAAUAAUAAAUUAGUUGAAGAUGCUGAAUUUAUUAAUUAUGGAGCUUCUAAUGAAGAUGGAGCUGCUUCUACUUAUAUUCAUGAUAUUGUUCAAUUAACUCCAUCAAUGAAUGCUACAGAAACUCCUAAUGGUUAUUGUAAUAUAUUAGCCAGUCAAUAUACUAAAGAACCUUUAAAAUUUGCUAUAUUAACUAAUUUUGGUAUUGUUAUAUAUCAAUAUAGAAAUCCUGAUCUGAUUUUAAAAUCUUUAAAAGAAGCUACAAUUGAAAAUUUUAUUGAAGAAAAUGGUUUUGAAGAAGCUUGUUCAACUUUAUUAUAUUUAUCAUGUGUUUAUGGUAAUUCUAAUGAUUUAUUUAAGAGAAAAGCUGAAGCAUUAUUUUCAACUUGUGGUAAUAGUGCUAGAUUAGUUGAUAGUUCAUCUCAAACUAAUACUUUAUUACCUCAUCAACAACAUCAACUGCAACAAUUACUGCAAAUAGUUAAUAUUGGUCCAUCAUCUCAUGGAACUCAUCCAACUGUAGAUCAAGUUAUUUUAAGUGAUAGAUUUUAUGGAACUAUAUUAUUAAUAUCUAGAUUACUUCGAAAUGUUUGGAAUAUUAAAGUAUUUAUACCUUUACCUCAUAUUAAAAUUAAUAAUAUUACAGGACAAAUUGAUUCAAUAUCAAUAAAGGAAGAUAAUUUAUUAAUUAAAGGAUUAAAUAUUAAUAAAAAACAAUUGGAAUUUUUUAUUGGAUCAAUUAUUGUAUUAAUUGAAUUUUUUAUUGAAAAUGGUAAUACAAUUCAAGGUUUAAAUGCUCCAAGUUAUAGUUCUGAUCCAAAUCAAUUUGAAAGUGAAGUUUGUUUAAGAGCUGAACAUAUUGCCUUUGGAGCUGUAAUUAAAUCUUUAAUAUCUAUGAAAGAAGCCUUUUCAUUUUUAAUGGUAUUAAUUGAAGAAAUUCAAGUAAAUCAAGCAAAUUUUGAUGAUAUAUUUAAAUUUUUAACUUUAAUAAAUCAAGCUAAUCUUUUACUGUUAACUUUUAAAGAUUUAUUAUUACCUAAUAGAGAAGUUAAGAAUUUAAUUAAAGAUUUACUUUCUUCAAUAAUUAAUAAAAAUAUUUUAAAAGGUGGAUCAAUUGAUUUAAUUGCUGAUUCUUUACAAUCAAGAUGUGGAUCCUUUUGUUCAACUGAUGAUGUAUUUAUAUUUAAAGCUAUUGAAAAUUUAACUAGAGCUAAAAAUAUUGGUAAUAGAGAUAAUGAACUUAAAAUAAAAUGUUUAAAGAAUGCAGUACUUUUAUUUGAAGAAGUUUAUGAUUCUUUAACUCUUGAAAAUAUUCAAAAUUCAAUUAAUAUAAUGUUAGAUUUGGAUUUUUAUACGGGAGCUGUCGAAUUAUUAUUAAAAUUAGCUCUGAAAGUUGGUAUAAAAUCAAAACUUUCUAAUCGAUCAUUUGAUGUUAAUGUUAAUAUUAAUAUUAAUACCAAUAUCAAUACCAAUUCCAAUUCCAAUAUAAAUGAAGAUAAUAAUAAUACAAAAAAAUUACAACUUUAUAAAUUAAUCUUUAGUAUUCUUACUAAAGUUGAUUUAAAAGCUCUUCGAAUUUCCGAAACUAAUGAUCAAUUAUUAAUUAAUGAAUUUAUUGAAAUUAGAGAUGCAACUUAUGAAACAUGUUUUUCAUCAAAUGAUAAAUCAUUUCAUUAUAAAUUUUAUGAAUGGUUUAUUGAACAAGGUGUAAGUGAAAGAUUAUUAGAACUUAAUACUCCAUUUAUAUUACCAUUUUUAGAAGAAAAAUCCAUUAAUGAUUUAACUUUAAGUGAUUUAUUAUGGUUAUAUCAUGCAAAAAGACAACAUUAUUAUGAAGCAGCCACUAUUUUACAUACAUCAGCUAUAUCUGAUUUUAAAUUAAAUUUACAACAAAGAAUUGAAUACCUUUCUCGAGCUAAUGGAUUUUGUAAUUGUGUUUGUCCACCUAAUUUAAGACAAAAAGUAAUUCAAUUAUCAUCAAUUAUUCAAGAAUUAUUUGAUGUAGCUAAUAUUCAAUUAGAUGUAUUAACUAUUAUAAAAGAUGAUAAAAGAAUAAGUAAAGAAAAUCUUGAAAUUGCUGAAGCAGCAUUAAAUUUUAAAAUUUUACCAAUAACUGAAAUAUUUAAUAAUUAUACUGAUCCAUUAGGAUAUUAUGAUCUUGAUUUAGUAAUUCUUAAAAUUGCUGAUUAUAAAAAUGGUGAUGAUAUUUUAAAGAGAUGGGAAUUAUUCUUUGAAAAAACUUAUCAUGAAUAUUUUAGUUUAAAUAAAGGUGAAACAAAACGUGAACCAUUUUAUGUUUAUCUUCAUAAAUCAUUUACAUCUGUUGGAUCUAAAUUAUCAUCAAAUGAUUUAGUAUUUCCUAUGGAUGAAUUGGUUAAAUUAAUUAGUAAAUAUAUUAGACAAGCUAUUAAUGAAAAUCCAGUAUUGAAUAAACCACCAAAAGGAACUAUAGUUGAUAUAUUCAUUAAAUCAGGAGUUAAUUAUGAUAAGAUUUAUUAUGUAAUUAAAUCAUUAAUUGAACAUAGUGCAUUUGAAAUUUAUCCUGGAUUUACUAAUGAAUUAAAGACAAAUGAAAUGACUUAUUUAAUUAAAAAUUGGUAUGCUACCGAUAAAAGAUUAAGAGACUUGGUUUCAGCCGAUAAAAUCAAUAACUUGGAUAGUUAUUCGAUUGAAAAGGAUCCAAUUAAAACUGUAUUUAAAGAUAAUGGAGUUUUUGUAUAAUGU